AUGACUGAACCCCUUCAGCAAGCAACAGCUUUUGGAGGCACAGUAGGGAACCAAGCCCUUGCGACGAAUCAACAGCGCUCAACAGGCGCAAGACAAAAUAUAGAUAAUCCGUUUCUGACGUUCGAUGACACGAUUCCCGACCUCAAGACUCAACGUACUGAGCUAGAAGAGUAUGUUUGGGAAUUUGCUUCAUUAGCCGGUCUCAAAGACCGCUAUGAAUUGCUUCGAUUUGGUGCUCGUCUCGCUCGAGACAAGUAUGAGGCUAUAAGAAAAUACGCGGAUGAGCUCACAGAUUCGGAAAAGGAGUUGUUGGAGAAGGAGAAGGAUGAGAGUACAGGCUUUUGGAAGCAGUCCAAAUUUCUCCGCGCGACAAUCAUGACCGCAAGUCUUGCGGGUAUGAUUCAGGGAUGGACGCAAAGCGCCAACAAUGGUACUGCUCAUGGUAUGCCAGACGAGUUUGGCCUCUGCUAUCGUAGGGGCGAGGGGUGUCCUUCAGCCGAUCUUUGGACGUUUGGAAUGCUGAACGCCAUUCCGCUGCUUUCCGCAGGCCUCUUCGGUACCCUCCUUGCAGAUCCGCUACAGGAGAACUUCUUAGGGAGGCGAGCACUCGAAGCCUUCGAACAGGUCCAGACCACGCGGUUACUAGCAAGUCGGGAUUUCAUGUAUGCGCAUGCUCAGCUGGAUUUCGAAAGUCGACUAUUGAAAGGAGAGACGAACGAGCUUGGCACCCUGGCCGAUCGCGUAGAUGUCAGCUUGCCGAGCUUUUCUGGAGAGCCAUCUUCGCCAUCGCCAAAUCGCGCACAACUAGAAAGGGCUGCUGAACACGAAGCCGGAUCGCCAAGUCGAUUCGCCCUAGCUCCCAAUGUCGAGGGAACGAAGUUAGGGGCAACAGCGGUCCGGAACGAUAGCCAGCACCAAGUCAGGCCGCAGCCCGAGCAAAACGAAAACAGUAACAUUGAGCUCGCGACAUUGAACAGGAGGUGGAGUGACAUAUCCAGCCUAAAUUUCGAGGUUGGGGUCAGACGAAUGAAGAAGAACAAUCCGUACUCGUACAACAUCGGUGUCAACGGCUACUACAAGCGUCUGAGGGAGUUAUGGUCCAACAAGCGGUGUCGACGAGCAUUGCUGUGCGCUUCCGUGUCCAUGAUCACCCAGACCCUGACAGGCGUCAAUACGAUCGCCUUCUUAGGCACGAUAGUGUGGCCCAACUCCGGAACAAACAGUGAUCGUACAUCCGCGAUAAUAGGCCUGGCCUUUGGAGCAGCGAAUUACAUGUUCGGGCUGCCUGCUUAUUGGUCUUCGGAUCGAUUGGGACGUUCCGUCAUGCUUUUGCUCGGCCUGCCAAACAUGGCAUGGUCAAUCCUAGUCUUUGCCUUCCUCUUCAAGAUCACCGACACGUCCGUCCAGAUACCAUUGGUCAGCAUCUUCGCGGUCAUCUUCGUUGCCUUCUAUGCCCCGACAGCCGGUACGUCUCCAUUCUCGAUCGCAGCAGAGGUCUUUCCUCUCGUGUCGAGGGAGGCUGGCAUGGCUGUUUCCGUCGCGGUCAACCUUCUGGGUGCUGGCAUAUUGGUACUAGUCUUCCCAUUCCUGCAGGACAGCAUUCGGCCGACAGCUGCAUUCUCUAUCUUCGCAGGCUUGAAUAUGGUGGCGUUUGUGCUGGUGUAUUUGUUCGUUCCGGAGACGAGAAUGCGGACCCUGGAAGAGCUGCAGUAUACGUUCGAUUUACCAACGGGAUGGCAUGUCGCGUAUCGUGUGGGGUACAUACGACAGCAUGUCUGGGCGAAUUGGUGGAAGUACUUGACUCGCAAGGAGGUUCAGCCGCCGGUUCCGUUCUACGAAUGGGCGCGAGUGACGUACAGAGAGAUGGAAGGUGCCAGCUGA